AUGCGACGGCAGCUGCGAGACUUUCCCAGACUAAUCUGUCUGCUGGUAGCCUUGAGGCCCCUCAACACAAGGGCUCAGUUAUACUACCCCAGUCCUCAGGCUGUGGCAUUGUCCCCCACUGGGGUACCGGAUGCAGCUCCAGGACUUCCCCGACUUCUGAUAUACAACCCCUUCAGUGGGCAACAGCUACGGCCGCUCCGCUACUCUGCCCUAAUGCGGAGCGGUAGGCGUCCACCCGUGAAUGGCAACAUAGUGGAGCUGCCGGAGCUGUGGCAACCGUGCUCAUGCGCCGAGUUUGCCUGUCGCUGCUGCUUGGGCUUAGUCCUUGGCUUCGGCGAGGCCUUCAACCAGCGCGUUUGUGCCGUCGUGGAGUACAGGCGGUCGGACUUGGGCUUGCGCCUCAGUGUGCAGCUGAACCAGCGCACAGUGGCAAACUUCGGUUUCUCCGCCCGCAAUCCGCCCGACUACUGUGUCCCGCUGCUGCUCCCUUUGCCGCUGUUCAGUUGCCUCCGACUCUACGAAAUCCGCACCCUUGGUGAGGGCAACGUUCAGGUAUGCCUCUCGGUGGUUUUUAAGGUCCUGGCCAACCAGUUCUAUGAGUACAGACUGAACUGCGUCCAAUUCGGAGCCAAUGGAGUCUACUUUGUGCGCGACGACGAUCUACAGAAUGAUACCCAGCACUCAGAGGUGGAGCUUGACCAGCGGGAAUUGACAGCCGAAAACAAUUACGGGCAUAUGCCAAAUGAUAAGCUGGUCCCUGGGAAUGGAUUCGGGUCUUAA